CGUUGAUCGAUUGAAUGCAACUCGGUCUGCGUCCUCGUUUGCGAACACGGCCAUCUCUAUACGACCUAGUCCAGAAGAAGAACAUUGACCAGAUCUCGAUAUCUGGAGCUCACACCGCCGCCGGCCACGACGACGUUGAGCCACACCGAGUGCCGCUUCCCGCGAGCCCGCUGAUAUCACCACAAGGCGAGCUUCCCACCCGGCCGCCACCACCGCACAUCAACCUACAAGAAGCCAGCGACGACGAGAAGGAAGCACCAGCACCCAAGAUGCCUCCCAAAGGACAGAAGAAGCAGGAGCAGAAGUCGGAGGGCGAGGAGCAUGGCGCCAUCUACUCCAUUUCCGGCCCUGUCAUCAUCGCCGAGAAUAUGAUCGGAUGUGCUAUGUACGAGCUUGUCCGUGUUGGUCACGAUAACCUCGUCGGUGAGGUCAUUCGAAUCGAGGCCGACAAGGCUACCAUCCAGGUCUACGAAGAGACUGCUGGUGUAACCGUAGGCGACCCCGUAUACAGGACCGGGCAGCCAUUGUCUGUCGAGCUGGGUCCUGGUCUUAUGGAAACCAUCUACGACGGUAUCCAGCGUCCCCUCAAGGGCAUCGCCGACGACGCCAACAGCAUCUACAUUCCCCGUGGCAUCAACUUGCCCGCUCUUGACCGCAAGAAGAAGUGGGAGUUUACACCCGGUUCCCUCAAGGUCGGCGACCACAUCACUGGUGGUGACGUGUUCGGUACUGUCUUCGAGAACAGUCUGCUCAGCGAACACAGAGUUCUGCUGCCUCCCCGUGCCAAGGGUACCAUUACCCGCAUUGCUGAGAAGGGCAGCUACACCGUCGACGAGAAGAUCUUGGAGCUUGAUUUCAAUGGCACCAAGACCGAGUACAGCAUGAUGCACAAGUGGCCCGUACGAGUGCCCCGUCCUUCCAACGAGAAGCUGUCAUCCGACCAGCCUCUUAUCGUCGGCCAACGUGUCCUUGACUCUCUGUUCCCCAGUGUUCAGGGCGGUACCGUGUGCAUUCCAGGUGCUUUCGGAUGCGGCAAGACUGUCAUUUCCCAGUCUCUGUCCAAGUUCUCCAACAGUGACAUUAUUGUCUACGUGGGUUGCGGUGAGCGAGGAAACGAGAUGGCGGAAGUCUUGAUGGACUUCCCAGAGCUCACUAUCGAUGUCAACGGCAAGAAAGAGCCUAUCAUGAAGCGAACGACCCUCAUUGCCAACACCUCCAACAUGCCUGUAGCUGCUCGUGAAGCCUCCAUCUACACUGGUAUCACCGUCGCCGAGUACUUCCGCGACCAGGGCAAGGACGUGGCCAUGAUGGCUGACUCCUCGUCACGAUGGGCUGAGGCUCUUCGUGAGAUUUCCGGACGUCUCGGAGAGAUGCCUGCUGAUCAAGGUUUCCCUGCUUACCUCGGUGCUAAACUUGCGUCUUUCUACGAGCGUGCUGGGCGUGUUCAGGCUCUGGGUAGCCCCGAACGAUUUGGCAGUGUGUCGAUUGUUGGUGCUGUCAGUCCUCCAGGAGGUGACUUUUCGGAUCCCGUGACCACGAGUACACUCAACAUUGUGCAAGUCUUCUGGGGUCUCGACAAGAAGCUUGCUCAGCGAAAGCAUUUCCCAUCUGUCAACACAUCGAUUAGUUACAGCAAGUACACAACCCCGCUCGACAAGUACUACGCCAAGAACAACCCGGAAUUCCCCCGUCUCCGCGACCGCAUCAAGGAGCUUCUCACUACGUCAGACGAUCUCGACCAGGUUGUGCAGCUUGUCGGUAAAUCCGCGCUGGGUGACAGCGACAAGAUUACGCUUGACGUGGCUACGCUCCUCAAGGAGGACUUCUUGCAGCAGAACGGUUAUUCGGACUAUGACCAGUUCUGUCCGCUAUGGAAGACCGAGUGGAUGAUGAAGAAUAUGAUGGCUUUCCACGACGAGGCCCAGAAGGCCGUCUCCCAAGGACAUGCAUGGCCCAAGGUCCGCGACGCGACCUCGGAAAUCCAGAGCCAGCUCCGUUCAAUGAAGUUCGAGCUGCCCAGCGAUGGAGAGGAGAAGGUCACCAAGAAGUACGAGGAACUCCUGCAGAAGAUGACCGACAAGUUUGCAUCGGUUGUCGACGAGUAAAUGCAUGGGCUUGAAGGCGAUUUCUCCGUAGCGUGUCUGUCUAGUAUAUCUCCAAGAUCGUAGAAUGUGAAUUGUACCAAGAUACCAAUACUGCUGCCUGAACCCGCUGACGACGCCGUGUCGCGUCCUGUGACCGCAAUGCGCAUCAUGUGCGCCAGGAACGACAUCAUGGUAGUCAAAAUGUCGAGGUGGCUCUAGAUCACUACUAGUGGAACAUGGGAUUAUUUGAGC